CCAGUCUCUUGCCCUUCCAUUGCGGCGACGGACGCCCCCGGCAUUUAUCCCAGUGACCCAAUCCUCCAAUGCACUCGAACAACUCGACCGUCCUGAUGUACCGCGACGACACGAGGAGUCAGCGUUAUCUGUUCAAUGCCAGAAUGUCAAAGAUCAUCAGAUGGCGCUCUUUAAGAUGCUUCCACCGUGAUGUCAGCUUCCCAAUGGAAAAGGAGGAACGCGAGAAAACGAAGAGAAAAAGAAAAGCGAGAGGAUGCCGGACCACGCCCGGGCUUCCAAACUCCAAUCAGUCUCAUCCAUCCUGCUGCUCCUCUGCUCUACCUCCACUCAAUCCGCGGUAAUUUGACGUCACAUGCAAGAUUCUUGGUCUGAAGAUCCCCGUAUUCGGCGAGGACAGUCUCAGCGUCGCUUGGCCAAAAUGUACAAAGAGGGAAACACCUCACGCGACACCCCACUGCAAAAUAUCACAGCACAAAUCUCCGGCAGUGAGCCAAAUAUUUCCCUGCACAUGCAUUCAUUGACAAUAUAGAUGUGACUUCUAUCUUCUAUCCUUUGUAUUGACUAUUAUGUGGACUGACAUGCCAGACCUAUGACAUACCUCACCAGCGACGGCGAUCAAUGUGGUCCCUAGUGCAAUACCAACGGAUCGGAAAGCAGGUCGAGCACGAAUGGAAAGAGAAGGGACAUAAGCAAGAUCAUGACAGAAAGAGUGCUUUCCGAGAUGUUGAGGCUGCCUCUGAACGGAGAAUUUUAAGGGGAUCCAAUGGCGCCCUUGAAGAGGAGUCUUCUGAGGAACGGCCGGGGUCAGAGGGCGGCAGCACCAGCGGCAAUGGCAAGAUCGUGGUCGAUAUCACGGGAGACGAUGACCCUAUCGACCCUCACAACUGGCCGCUCUUCGCACGGUGUAAGAAUAUCGCUGUCCUGUGUCUCCUUAUAUUCUCCCAAGGAUGGGCAAGCGCUGCAGACUCCAUGGCAAACUCGCGGAUGAGUCAAGAGUACGGUGUGAGCAAGGUGGCAGCGAAUCUCUCUCAAGCCCUGUACCUGCUGGGGAUUGGAUCCGGAUGCCUCUUCUGCGGCCCUCUUUCCGAGACCGUCGGAAGAAACCCGACAUACCUGGGAGCGACCGUUUGUUAUCUAUGCUUUGUGCUGGGUACAGCGUUGACUUCGAACCUGGGUGGACGGAUUGUUUGCCGAUACUUCGUGGGCGUCUUCGCCAGUGCCACCCUAGGCAUCAAUGGCGCCAGUGUGAGUGAUCAGUUCCGCCCGGUCAAGCGAGCCUUCGCUUUCCCUGUUAUUGCAUGGGCCAACGUUGCUGCUCCUAUGCUUGCACCAGUCGCGGGUGGAUGGCUGGUUCAAGAUCGCAACCUCAGUUGGCAUUGGACUGACUGGGUCACACUCAUCAUUUCCGGCUUCGCCUUCAUUAUUGCUUUCCUCUUCCUUCCCGAGACAUACCUACCGGUUCUGCUGGACUGGAAAGCCAGACAUCUUCGCCGUGUGUCCGGAUCUUCCAGGUACGUGUCUGGACAUGCUGAAAAAGCAUCGCUUCUCAAACGUUUACGCGAGACUCUCCCAAUGCCGGUUGUCUAUUUCUCGAGCGAGCCCGUGGUUGCGGUCCUGGGUGGUUACCUAAUACUCGUCUAUAUUCUCAUGUUCACUUUCUUAUCUGGAUUCGACUACAUAUUCAAAAAGACAUACGACCUAUCCGAUGGGCUGACAGGCUCGUGCUUCGCAUCCAUCGCUGCCGGAUCCACAUGCUUUACCCUGUUUGCGCCAGCACUCUUCCACCUCUCACGAGUCCACACAAACUAUGUGAGGCAAGCUUGGAUCAAGCCUGAGUACAGGCUGUGGCCAGCGAUUGUCACGGCACCAUUGAUGCCCAUCUCCUUGUUCUGGCUGGGUUGGACCAAUUACUCUAGCAUUUCACUGUGGUCGGGGCUUGCGGCUUGUUUUUGCUUUGGCAUUGUGGCGACCGCCGUCUAUGUGAGCAGCUACGAGUACAUUGUCGACAGCUACACAAAACACAGUGCUGUAGCACUUGCCAGCAUCACGAUGGCGCGGUAUCUCAUUGCAGGAACGAUGGUCAUGGCCGCCAGGCCCAUGUACACAGGCAUAGGGGUGCACUGGACGAUGACUCUCCUGGGGUGCAUCGGACUGCUCCUGGCACCUGCACCUUUGUUUUUCAGGUGGUAUGGGAAGAAGUUGAGGGCAAAAAGCGCCUACGCAGAAUCAUGAGUCUUCAUCUUCAAUUUGCUAUGCUUAGGAGAUGCCGUUAUUAUGUGAUUUUUGGGUGGAUAUAUACGCCAGGUUUGAAGACUUCUGGCUUACAGAGCCGACAAUCAAGCGAUCUAUGAUCACUGCCAGUCACAAAUUUACGGCGCUACCAAGGAUCUAUGCAGACGUCAAGUCAGUUGACGCAACAGGGGUUUAUAAUCAAAUUCAGAGUUGUUGUACAUUGUUACAAACCAGCAC